GUGGUUUCCAUCAUGGAAAAGUAGAACCAUAGCUCACCAUUUUGGAAAACUUUCUUAUGUCAAUGUAAUUUUGCUGGAGUAUUCUUUAAUAAAUGCCACUUGGAAGUUGAGGUGAAUGGAAAAUGGGACCUAUCAAGUUAUGUUAAAAAAGACUCAAUACAUGACUUGCUCACAUCAAGAAUGUGUUCAAAUCAAUCUUAAUUUCUUCGAACCUUGCCUUUGAAUUUAAAUUCCCUGCAUCCACUGCACACAUUCACACACAUGUAUGUAUAUAUAUGAUGAUCAGGUGCAACACUAAGGAAAAGAGAAGAAUUGGAUAAUCAAUCAUAUAUUCUUUAUUCCUUCCACUCCAUGGCAAGUAAUAAUGAACAACAUGGACAACAGAGAAAUGUGUUCAAAGCAGGUUGUGGUUUGCUGACGUGCUUUUCUGCCACUGCCAGAAAAGAACAGCAACAAAUGACACAUGAUCAUGUCGACAACAACACGGAGGAGAUCAUAAGAAGAAGAAGCAGGGCGGCUGUCGAUGAAAAGCCUCUAUGCAAAAUUGCAGAUGCAUUUAAAGAGCUUGCAAAUGUUGUCAUCUCUGAGAAUGUAAUCGAGGUUGCUGCUUUUUCCCGCGCAUGUUCUUUUGUAGCUCCCCUUUUUGGUAGUGUUGGCUUUCACUUUCAGUUCAUAGAGAUGGAUUACGUCACCAAGGUUAAUGACAUAGCAGAGGCAUCAAAGUCUUUCAAGACAUUACAAUCUAUGGUUGAUCAAGAUGUACAAACUAAUUCUGUGAGAAAUCAAGGGAGCCAUUCCAGAAAUCUUUUGAAAAUAAAACGUGGACUUGACUUUCUCAAGGUGCUCUUUGAACAAGUUCUACUCACAGAGGGAAAUUCUAUAAGGGAAGCAAUUUCGAAGGCUUACACACAAAUAUUUAAUUCAUAUCAUGGUUGGGCUCUCAGAAAGGCCGUUUCUGUAAGGUUACAUUACAUCCCUACAAAGCAGCAGCUAUAUAGAAAUCUCAGGACAGAUGAAUCUGAAGCAAGGGUCCUAAUGCAAACUUAUAUAUCGGCAUCCCUGCAUCUACUCCAAUACAUUGAAAAGAUUUUUCUUGAAAGAGAAUUGGGUAUAGAUUGGUGAACCUUCUGAAUGGUUGUGUUUUGAAUUUUGAUUGAGUUAAAUAUGUAUUAAAGAACUGUCAUUGUUUGGAAUCUUUUCCACAGAAUAAUUUCUUUGGCUCGUAACAAAAUCAUUUUUGCUGUAAUUGAAAAAGCAUCAUAUUUUUGUGCAAA